CGUAGCCAUCUUGUGUAGCGCAAAGGAAGAGCAGCCGUUAGCCUGAGACAUCUACUAACAGGAAAACAGUGACAAACGCUCGCUAUACCAGUAACAUAUUCUCUUAAAGUGAGAAACAGUUUGUGAACAUGUAUUAUUAUGCCUCAAGAUGUCUGGCAGGCAUGUUUCAGCGAGGAUUUGUGCUUUUGGAGGCGGGAGAGUGUUGAAAACUGAAGGCGCCUCAGACUCGAGUGACUCUCGCGACUGAAGAGUUUCAUCUGCGAGAACGGCCUGAGGGAAACUCUCACACCGGCAAAUGGCCUUCAUUUAGGACACGGGCUCGGAAAUAUUAAACACAUCUGGAUUAAAGCUGUCAUAGUGUUUGGAGUUUCUGAAGGUUCAAUUUUAAGGAUUUAAAAUACUAAAAAUGCUGCGAUGAGGACUCGCGAGCCGACGGAGCUCUGAGGGAGUCUUGAGUGAGCGUGACGCUAACGGAAAAAUAUACAAUAUAUUAUUUUUUUAUAUAAACAGUGUUACUGCGCUAAAUUUGAAGCUGUACGCUUCAUCCUGACGUGUCAAAGUCAGUAACAUACUUUUAAGCGGUCAAAAUGUCGAAAAUGUCGAAAAAGAAGAGCUGUUUUCAGAUCACGAGCGUAACGCAGGCUCAGGUGGGGGCCAGCAGCAUCACGGACGAUACCGAGAGUUUGGACGACCCGGACGAAUCCAGAACCGAGGAUAUGUCCUCAUCAGAGAUAUAUGACAUGUCCAAAUUUGGCGAUUUUGAGCAGGGGGCGUGUAACGUCAGUUUAUCGGAUGAACCGCUAAAUAACGACUUGGAAACAUCUGGCGCCAGCUUGUCAAUGACGAUACCUGGCUCUUGUAAUACAGGUGGUCUUCACACAAACCCAAAUGUUCGUGGAGUCAUUGGUGCUGCAAGCCAAAUGACCACUGCCUCUGUACCUUCCCAGCCUUCAUCUUCAGUUGCUGGUGGUGUUGCAUCUAAUGCACCAUCCAGUUUGUCACAGACAUCAACAUCAUUUUGCACUUCUGCUACAGUAAGUAGUUGCAGUUCCCGUUUCAGAGUCAUCAAACUAGAUCAUAGUACAGGUGAGCCCUUCAAAAGAGGUAGGUGGACUUGCACUGAGUUCUAUGAGCGAGAUACGGAUGUUUCCUCAUCCGGUCGGACUGUGGAUAAUGUUAAACAGGCUGGCAUCUUGGACCAUAAUGUGGACAGGGAUGGACUAGCAGUUCCUGUUGCAGCAGAACCACAUACUGAUAGUGGUUACAUGUCUGUACCAUCUAAUCCUCCUGUGGAGCUUCAACAGCAAAGUUUUGGCAUUUCACAGCAGGGAUUAGGGAACAUUUUCCCCGCGGGGACCGGUGAUGCCCACAUUCAACAUGUCAAAUCUCCUAGCAUGCCUUCUACAACUCAGCCACAGGCUUUCCACCCAGGUAAACUGGCACAAAACCCUGGUCAUAUCCUUCCCGCUGGUAUUCCAUCUAAUCCAUCAGACUAUAGGUCACAGCAUCAGCCUCCCUUGCAAACUCCUAUCUCCUCAGCCCAGACGCUAACAGUGACCUCUAUUCCGCUUGGAGUCCCUUUGAACCGGGGCUCAUCACCUGUCAUGACCCCUGCUGCGGGAAGCACUCAUGUUCUCGGAUUAGUUCCACCUCAGGCUGCGGAUACUAUAGGGCACGGCAGAGGGCCACUUCCCAUCAGCCAUACGGAGCAUAUUCAGGGGCUCAUACAGCAGUCGGGCAUUGGUGCAGCUCUAGGGACAGCCACAGCUGUUGUUUCGCAGGCACCAGUGCCGCUCAUUCAGCCAGCAGUAACUACGUCUGUCACCCCCCAUGCUUUGGUCCCUGGUGUACAAAAUGUGCCUGUUAUGUCCAGUGCCUCUAAUACCCCGCAGAGCAUGCCAAACCAGACUCCGGUACCUGUUGUACAGCCCCAACAGGACCAGCCUCAGGGAGUCCACAGCGGUUCCACGGUAGGACUGAGCAUGCAGACUUCCCCCUCCAACUUUAGCCAACUUCCCAUCAGCACCACUCAGGCCGAUGAGAACCGGAGGAACUCUGAUGCGCUACCUCAGAGCUUUGUCAUCAUAGGAAAAGAUGCCACCAAGGCCCUGAAUCCAGAGUGCUUGAAGCUUCCCACACCUGCUGUCAACAGCCUGUUUGGAAUAACUAUUCCCAUUGAUGGAGAUGAUGACGGGAACCCCUCUACUGCUUUCUAUCAAGCCUUCCCAAACUGCAGGGCAAAGGUCAUCAGUGAUGGUGCCUCUGGUGCCAGCGUUGUUGCCAUUGAUAACAAAAUUGAGCAGGCUAUGGAUCUCGUCAAAAGCCAUCUAAUGUAUGCUGUGCGCGAGGAAGUGGAAGUCUUGAAAGAGCAAAUAAAGGAACUCUAUGAGAGGAACUCCCUUCUAGAGAGAGAAAAUGCAGUAUUAAAAUCUCUGGCCAACACCGAGCAGUUAAAUCAGCUCACCAACCCUGAAAGCACUUCACCCCAACAGACAGGAGUGAACGCAAUCCUCCAGGAAGGAAGCAAACUCGUGACCUUGCCCCCACAUCCCAACGUGUCCACGGCGUAAUGAACCUUCUAUCGUGGGAUACCAUAGACAAAAGCAAAAAUGUACAAAUCUGCUAAUGACUUUUUGUUUCCAGUCUUGUUUGCCACCAAUUUGUGGAGAGCCAUGCUUCAGUUGUAUGUGCUGCGUGGCUUUCCCAGUAUUAGACAGUCAUUUUGGGAAAGCUUUUGUUUGGCUGUCGGGGUGAGGUUUGCAGCAGGUCGCCCUCCGCAUGUGCUGCUUGCAGGUGUAGAAGGAACGGGUGGAGAUGGCACUUUGGCAGGAAGCCAUUGCUAGACUUCCAAGUCUUGCAGGUGGAGACUAAAGCAUUUAAAGGCAUAUUCCGGGUUCAAAACAAGCUAAGCUCAAUUAACAGCAUUUGCAGCAUUAUAUUACAUAAAAUCGCGCAAGUCACUUAUAUCGUCGAGUAAGUCACUUACAGUGGAAGUGAAUGGGGCCAGUCCAUAAAUGCUAAAAUACACACCAUUUCAAAAGUAUAGACGCAAGGCUCAUUUAUCAUUAAAAUCAUGUUAACACACAUAUUGUUUAUGGACUGGACCCGUUCACUUCCAUUGUAAGUGCCUUAGUAUAAUUGCUUUUUUGUGGUAAUCGAUACAAAUGCUGUUGAUUGAGCUUAACUUGUAUCGAACCCAGAAUAUUCCUUGAGGUCUACCAUGUAAAAGCUGGGAGAUUUGUGUUUUUCCAGAGCCAAUGUUCUACAGCAUGAUUAAAUCCUUUCGUCUGUUUAGUUUUACUGUUUGCAUAUAUAUUUAUUAGAGGGCUGCUAUUUUCUUAAUGUAAAUGAACAAUGUAACAGAGGUCUAUUAUAUAAAGAAACUUUCUUUUGGUUUCUAAAGUGUAUAAUAAAUGUUAAUGCAUUUAUUUUGUUAAUUUGCAUCAAGUUUUAGGCAAUAAUGUCCCCAUGGCACAGUUCCAACACUAAAGGUGAUUCAUCUUUGGCAUUGAUGAUAUACAGGCCUGUAUAGUUGGGUUGAUGGGGGUUUAAUGUACAUGUGUUUAGAUUGUAAAGUAUUUUAAGCAUAGCCGGUUGUACUGGUGAGCACCAGUUAUCAAGUAUUUCUCUUUUUGGGAUUUUUAUUAAGGAUAAUUCAGCCUGAUCUCAUGAAAAUGAUGUAACUUUAGCAAAAUGAUAUUACAUGGUUCAUUACACUUAUCGCUGCAGUUUCAAGGUGAAAUGUCCACUAAGGGGCGCUAAAAGCGAGUUUAAUGUUUUCCCAGAAUGAUGACGUUUUAAAUGAAUAAAACCUACUUACCUACCCUAAACCUUUAACCUAAGCCUAACCGAUAGUGUCAUUAAAGCAAAUGUGAAAUGAAAAACACAAUAGCUGAAGCAGCCGCGUCAUUUUGUGGCACUAAUAUGACACUAUGCAUUCACGUUUCAACUCGGACUUUGGCAUUCUAAAUCCAACGCUCUAUCAGUUUCGCCAGUUAGCAAGCUAGUCUUGGUUUUAUAUGUAGUUAUGUAAUGCAAGCGUUAAAAUGCAUUUAGUUUCAAGUCAUGUGCUAUAGUAAAUAAUAAGUGUUUAUGAACUGUUUAUCUGUUAUACUCGUGAUUUGAGUGAAUAAAACUCAAUGCUGUUGUAGCGCCUUUAGUGUUCAUUUCUCGAGAACUGCAGCGAUACGUAGAGCGAGGCAUGUAAAACUUAUUUUACAAAAAUGUAGUUAUGGUAACGUUUUUACUUUGAGACCAGGCUGCUAUAAUUGCCACACUUCCCCAACAUUCUUCAGUUAUAAUUUUAUUGAAAUUUAGUUAAAACAUUUUUUUUUGUUUUUUCUGGGAUGGGGAAAAAGCUGUGAAUUUGUUCAUACAAACAUAUUUGUAACCAAAGAAGAAAAGCUGUGUACACUUUCUUGCUCGCUUUUUUUUACUUUAUGUCAAACAAUCUUUUGUUUCUGGUUAGCAUGUUCUAUCACACCAUUUUUUUUUUUUACCUCAUGUUUUAUUUUAGUAUAAUAAUAAUUUAAAGCAAUCUGUGAACAAAGUUAGAUGGUGAAGGGUAAUUUCUGGUAAUUUUUUGAGGAAAAGCCCCAUAACAAACAAACCUGACGAUGGGAAAAAUUGUCAGUUGUAUGGUUUUGUAAAACUUGAAAUCCAGAUGAAUGUGUAUUACAUUACAUAAAAUGUAUGCAAUUAAUUAAAGUUACAGUAUAUUUUAAGGCGUGGUUUACACUGAUUACUAAACUUACAACACAAUAAAAUAGUAAUCACACAGAAAAAAAUAAAAGUAAAAUCAAUCCACAACAAGAGUUUGCAGUUCACAUAUGAUUUUGAAAUCAUUUAUGUAUCGGGCAUGCUUUUUUAAUGUCUUUUGUGCCUCUUCUACCAUGGAUAUUUAAAAAAAAAUUUUUUCCCCAUCUUGAGCCAAACCGUAAUAAUGUACAAUCACUGUACGUCAGUAUAUAUCACCUGAUGAACUUUUAUUUUUUGCUUGUUUUUUUCUUUUUUGUUGAAGGAAUAUAGCAUACAAGCAAAUGUAUCGUACUUGAUCACUGAGCCUUUGAAAAUAUCUUAAGAAUACCCUUGUAAUGUGCUGUUUUGAAAAGUUUAGUUUUCUGUCAAAAAUAAAUGACUGUUCUAUUAAGAACUGACCAUUUUAAA